UAGUUAUAGGUUGAAGAAAACGGAGAGAAACGUUAUCCAUCAAAGAGGGAGGGAGAGAGAGAGAGAGGGGUUUCAGAUUUAAUUGAUUUCCCUCCUAAAAACUGGAAAUAAAAAUGGAGGACUUCUUUAACAAGUAAAUAAAUUCCCCUUUCCUGACUUGUUUCUUUUCAUUCUCAGUCAUCAUCAUCAUCAUCAUCAUCAGUUCAUAAGAAAAUACAAAAAUGGCGAUGCAAACCUCUUCUUGUCGGGUUUGGUCACAGAGGACACCUUCAGCUAUCAAGAAAACUAGUGCGGGUGGCCUUUUUAACUUGGGUAGCCACUCUUCGAGUAACAUCUUUCCAUUCUUUACUUUAAAUCGUUAUUCUUCCAAUUCAUCGGAGGAGUUUGAUUCUGUUUCAAAGAGGAGGUCUCGAGGUCCUGUCAUGGCAGCAAAGAAAGCUGCACAAGGUUUAAAGCAAGAAGAUGGAAAGUACAAGCAUACAGUUGAUCUGCCAAAGACAACAUUUGGGAUGAGAGCAAACUCUGUAGUAAGAGAGCCCGAGAUUCAGAAACUAUGGGAUGAGAAUCAGGUGUUCAAGAAAGUAGCUGAAAGGAAUAACGGGGAAACCUUCAUUCUUCAUGAUGGUCCCCCGUAUGCGAAUGGUGACCUACAUGUGGGGCACGCUUUAAAUAAAAUCCUGAAGGAUAUUAUUAAUCGUUACAAGCUGCUUCAAAAUCAUAAAGUUCAAUAUGUGCCUGGUUGGGAUUGUCAUGGCUUACCAAUCGAGUUGAAAGUUCUGCAGUCUAUGGAUCAAGAUGCCAGAAAGGAUCUGACACCAAUAAAACUGAGAGCUAAAGCAGCUAAAUUUGCAAAGGCAACUGUUAAUACUCAGAUGAAAUCAUUUAAGCGCUAUGGGGUAUGGGCCGAUUGGGAGCAUCCAUAUUUGACGCUCCAUCCAGAAUAUGAAGCAGCACAGGUUGAAGUGUUUGGUCAGAUGUACAUGAAAAAACAUAUAUAUAGAGGGAGAAAGCCCGUCCAUUGGAGUCCAUCAUCUCGUACUGCUCUUGCAGAGGCUGAGUUGGAGUAUCCCGAGGGGCACGUUUCCAAGAGCAUAUAUGCCAUUUUUAAAUUAGUUACUUCGAAUGGCUUAUUAGAUGAGUUUUCAGAUCUGUGCCUAGCCAUAUGGACCACAACUCCUUGGACAGUCCCGGCAAAUGCUGCUGUUGCAGUGAAUGCUAAGCUUCAAUAUUCGGUGGUCGAAGUACACCGUAUCUUAGAAAGUGGAGAUGCAUCCACUGGUAAAGGGAAAAAAUAUUUGGGCAAUGUUUUUAUAAGCAAGCAGAGGAAUCCUUCCCUUGUGGUGGCUACCGAUCUUGUGCCAGCUCUAGAAGCAAAAUGGGGCGUGAAGCUCACAAUAAAGAGAACACUUUUGGGUUUGGAUCUUGAAAAUUGCAGGUAUAUGCAUCCAAUAGAUAACAGGGAAUGCCCUGUUGUUAUAGGAGGAGACUAUAUUACGACUGAAUCAGGAACUGGACUAGUUCAUACGGCCCCUGGUCAUGGUCAAGAGGAUUACAUGACUGGCCUUAAGUACAAAUUGCCUGUAAUUGCCCCUGUAGAUGAUGAGGGAAAGUUCACUGAAGAGGCUGGAAGUUUUAGUGGUUUAAGUGUACUUGGUGAUGGUAAUGUUGCUGUUGUGACAUACUUGGACGAACAAUUAUCACUUAUAAUGGAAGAACCAUAUAAACAUAAAUAUCCAUAUGACUGGAGAACAAAGAAGCCGACCAUUUUUAGGGCAACUGAGCAGUGGUUUGCUUCAGUUGAAGGGUUCCGCGAAGCUGCAAUGGAUGCGAUUAGUAAGGUUAAGUGGAUUCCUGAAAAGGCAGAAAACAGAAUUUCUACCAUGACUUCGAACCGCUCAGAUUGGUGCAUAUCCAGACAAAGAACUUGGGGUGUCCCAAUUCCAGUUUUCUAUCAUGCAGUGUCAAAGGAGCCAUUGAUGAAUGAAGAGACUAUUGAUCACAUCAAGUCUAUUAUAUCUCAGAAGGGAAGUGAUGCAUGGUGGUAUAUGACGGUUGAGGAACUACUUCCUGAGAAAUAUCGCAAUAAAGCCCCAGAGUAUCAAAAGGGAACUGAUACCAUGGAUGUUUGGUUUGACUCAGGCUCUUCUUGGGCUGCUGUUUUGGGAAAAAGAGAUGAACUUAGUUACCCAGCAGAUCUGUAUCUCGAGGGUUCAGAUCAGCAUCGUGGAUGGUUUCAGAGUUCUUUGUUGACGAGUAUUGCCACUAAAGGAAAGGCCCCGUAUAGGCGUGUUAUAACACAUGGAUUUGUACUAGAUGAAAAGGGUCUGAAAAUGAGCAAGUCAUUGGGUAAUGUUGUAGAUCCUAAUAUUGUGAUUGAAGGAGGGAAAAACACUAAGGAUCAACCAAGUUACGGAGCUGAUGUUUUGCGGCUUUGGGUGUCUAGUGUCGAUUAUACAACCGAUGUUCUGAUUGGGCCUCAAAUACUCCGUCAGAUGUCUGACAUAUACCGAAAGCUGAGAGGAACUUUGCGAUAUCUUUUGGCAAAUUUGCAUGACUGGAAGCCUGAGAAUGCCACUCCAUACAGUGAUCUUCCCAAGAUCGACCAAUACGCACUUUUCCAACUUGAAGAUACCGUGAGAAACAUCAAAGAUAGCUAUGACAAUUACCAGUUCUCUAAGAUAUACCAGACUAUUCAAAACUUCGCCAUUAUAGAUCUAUCAAGCUUCUAUUUUGAUGUUGCUAAAGAUCGGCUUUACGUGGGGGGUAAGGAAAGUUUUACAAGGAGAAGUUGUCAAACAGUUCUUGCAGCACAUCUUAUCUCGAUCAGUAAAGUAAUUGCUCCAAUCUUGCCUCAUUUAGCUGAGGAUGCAUGGCAGAACCUUCCUUUUGAGCAUUCAAAUGAAGAUGGUUCUGUCAGCAAAUUUGUUUUUGAAUCGAAGUGGCCCAAGUUGAAUGAGCGAUGGCUUGCAAUGCCGGCUGAAGAUGUUGAAUUUUGGAGUAAAAUGCUUAAGCUGAGAACUGAGGUGAAUAAAGUUCUAGAGACUGCUCGUACUGGGAAGUUAAUCGGUUCCAGUUUGGAUGCGAAGAUCUAUCUCUAUGUUGCUGAUGCUGGCUUCAACUCCAGAUUGCACAGAAUGAGUGAGGCCCUAAACGAGGCUGAUACACUGCAUCGCAUAUUCAUAACAUCUCAGGUUGUGAUUGUUUCUUCCUUGGACAAUGAAAGACAAACUGAUGAAAUACCUUGUACCGGAGAAUAUCUCAUAGAAGGAGGAGGCGAAGUUUGGAUCGGCGCAACUCGAGCAGAGGGUUCAAAGUGUGAGAGAUGCUGGAACUACUCCCCUAAAAUUGGAUCUUUUGUUGAACACCCAACUUUAUGCCCUCGCUGCUAUGAUGUUGUUGGCGCCCAACCUCUCCCUGCCGUUGCUGCAGCUGUAAGCUGAUGGUACAAGUAGUAAGCCCUAAACCGUUUUUUUUUCAUUCUUUUUUUGUUGUUCAAUUAGUUACGAUGUUAUCAUUGCUGCUCAUGAAUGGCUAGAGUUCAUUCCAUACCUCCCAGUAAAUAUCUAGAUAAAGUUUAUUGAAUGUACGUCCUAUUUGUCUGAUCACUUCAAAGGAAAAAUGUAUUCCAUUGACAAAGAUGAACAUUACCCAUUGAAGUUGCAGGUCUACAUUUAUUACGAGCGUUAUAUUAUUUCUCCUGUCAAAUUUCUAUUA